CGGUCCUCAACUGCCGCUGGCUGUUUCUCGGGAGCGGGGGACGGAGCGGGAGGAAACGCUGCAGCGGCGGCGGAGUCCCCGUGACCGACUCUGCUGUGGCCCCGGGGGCGCAGCCGGGCUCCCGCGCCUCACGCGUCCCGAGUGACUCAGAAAUAAUGUUGAUAUCUGAAACCCAUGUCGAACUUCUAUGAAGAAAGGGCAACAAUGAUUGCAGCUGGGGAUUUGCAGGAAUUUGUUCCUUUCGGUCGAGACCACUGCAAACACCACCCUAAUGCUUUGAACCUUCAGCUUCGGCAGCUGCAGCCAGCCUCUGAGCUGUGGUCGUCUGAUGGUGCUGCUGGCUUGGUGGGAUCCCUGCAGGAGGUUACACUCCACGAAAAACAGAAGGAAAGCUGGCAGCUAAGGAGAGGCGGAAGUGAAAUUGGAGAAGUGGAUUAUGACGAGGAACUCUAUGUGGCUGGAAAUAUGGUGAUCUGGAGCAAAGGAAGUAAAAGCCAGGCAUUGGCUGUUUACAAGGCCUUUACAGUUGAUAGUCCUGUUCAACAGGCAUUGUGGUGUGACUUCAUUAUAUCACAGGAUAAGUCUGAAAAAGCCUACAGUAGCGCUGAAGUAGAAAAAUGUAUAUGUAUAUUGCAAAGCUCAUGUAUCAACAUGCAUAGCAUAGAAGGAAAGGAUUACAUAGCUUCUUUACCUUUUCAGGUUGCAAAUGUUUGGCCCACCAAAUAUGGAUUGUUGUUUGAACGAAGCAGUUCUUCACAUGAGAUACCUCCAGGUCCACCCAGAGAACCUUUACCCACUAUGUUCAGCAUGCUGCAUCCACUAGAUGAAAUAACUCCACUUGUUUGUAAAUCUGGAAGUCUUUUUGGUUCAUCACGGGUUCAAUACGUUGUAGAUCAUGCGAUGAAAAUAGUUUUUCUCAGCACUGACCCCUCCAUUGUAAUGACCUAUGAUACUGUUCAGUGUCUGCAUUCUGUGUGGGUUCUCCGGAGAGUCAAAGCAGAGGAAGAGAAUGCCGUUUUAAAAUUCUCUGAACAGGGGGGAACUCCUCAGAACGUGGCCCCCAGUAGCUCCCUCACAGCAAACCUCAGAAGCCUCUCCAAAGGAGAUUCCCCCGUGGCCUCGCCUUUCCAGAAUUACUCCUCCAUCCACAGUCAGAGCCGCUCCACCUCCUCGCCCAGCCUGCACUCACGCUCUCCUUCCAUCUCCAACAUGGCGGCUCUAAGUCGUGCUCAUUCCCCUGCUUCAGGAGUGCACUCUUUCACGGGGGUGCAAAGGUUCAACCUUUCAAGCCAUAAUCAAUCUCCAAGGAGACACAGUAUUUCUCAUUCUCCAGAUAGUAAUUCGAAUAGCUCUUUUCUUGCACCAGAAACAGAGCCAAUUGUUCCUGAACUUUGUAUUGACCAUUUAUGGACGGAAGCGAUUACUAAUAUAAGGGAGAAAAAUUCACAGGCCUCAAAAGUGUUUAUUACAUCUGACUUAUGUGGGCAAAAAUUCUUGUGCUUUUUAGUAGAGUCCCAGCUCCAGUUACGCUGUGUAAAGUUUCAAGAGAGUAAUGAUAAGACCCAGCUCAUCUUUGGCUCCAUCACCAACAUACAGGCAAAGGAUGCUGCGCCAGUGGAGAAGAUAGACACCAUGCUGGUUCUGGAAAGCAGUGGAAACCUGGUGCUGUACACAGGAGUGGUCCGGGUGGGCAAGGUUUUUAUUCCUGGACUUCCUGCUCCUUCCCUGACAAUGUCCAAUGCGAUGCCUCGGCCCAGCACUCCACUUGACAGCGUCAGCACUCCUACACCUCUGAGUAAACUGCUUGGAACCUUGGAUGAGGUUGUUCUAUUGUCCCCAGUUCCAGAACUAAGGGAUUCUUCAAAACUCCACGAUUCUCUCUAUAAUGAGGACUGCACUUUCCAACAGCUUGGAACUUACAUUCAUUCUAUAAGAGACCCUGUUCGAAACAGAGUGACUCUAGAGCUGAGUAAUGGCUCUAUGGUGAGGAUCACGCUCCCUGAAAUCGCCACGUCUGAAUUAGUACAAACAUGUUUGCAAGCAAUUAAGUUUAUCCUGCCAAAAGAAAUAGCGGUUCAGAUGCUUGUCAAGUGGUACAGUGUCCACAGUGCUCCAGGCGGACCCAGCUAUCACUCAGAGUGGAAUCUAUUUGUGAUUUGUCUCAUGAACAUGAUGGGUUAUAACACAGACCGCUUAGCAUGGACACGAAAUUUUGACUUUGAAGGAUCACUUUCCCCAGUAAUUGCACCCAAAAAAGCAAGGCCUUCUGAGACGGGAUCUGAUGAGGAUUGGGAGUAUUUACUGAAUUCAGACUACCACCAGAAGGUUGAGUCUCAUCUUUUGAACAGAUCUUUAUGUCUGAGUCCUUUGGAAGUUUCUCAGAUAAAGGAUGAGGACUUGUCACAGAAUCUCAGUCUGGAUUCUUCUACACUUCUCUUCUCUCACAUACCUGCAAUGUUUUUUGUUCUUCACCUUGUCUAUGAGGAGCUUAAAUUGAAUACUCUGAUGGGAGAAGGAAUUCAUUCACUUGUUGACCUCCUUGUUCAGUUGGCAAGGGACUUAAAAUUGGAGCCUUACUUAGAUCAUUACUACAGGGAUUACCCAACACUUGUCAGAACUACUGGACAGGUGUGCACAAUUGAUCAAGGUCAAACAGGGUUUAUGCAUCAUCCAUCAUUUUUUACUUCUGAGCCACCAAGUAUUUACCAGUGGGUGAGUUCUUGUCUGAAGGGUGAAGAAAUGCCACCUUACCCUUAUCUCCCUGGCAUCUGUGAAAGAAGCCGACUUGUAGUUUUGAGUAUUGCGCUCUACAUUCUUGGCGAUGAAAGCUCUGUUUGUGAUGAAUCCUCACACUAUUUAUCGAGAAUUUCUCUAGCCCCCCAAAAGUCACAAGCAGAACAAGAGGAAAACAGGUUUAGUUUCAGGCAUUCUCCAUCAGUUUCUAGUCUGGCUGAAAGAUUGGUUGUCUGGAUGGCUAAUGUAGGUUUCACUUUAAGAGACUUGGAAACUCUUCCCUUUGGAAUUGCUCUUCCCAUUAGAGAUGCAAUUUAUCACUGUCGAGAGCAGCCUGCUGCAGACUGGCCUGAGGCUGUGUGUCUCUUAAUUGGACGCCAGGACCUAUCCAAGCAGGCCUGUGAAGGAAACUUACCCAAAGGGAAAUCUGUGCUCUCAUCAGAUGUUCCUUCAGGAACAGAGACUGAGGAGGAAGAUGAUGGCAUGAACGACAUGAAUCAGGAGGUUAUGUCACUCAUAUGGAGUGAAGAUUUAAGGGUGCAGGACGUGCGGAGGCUUCUUCAAAGUGCGCAUCCUGUCCGUGUCAAUGUGGUGCAGUACCCAGAGCUCAGUGACCAUGAGUUCAUUGAGGAGAAGGAAAACAGAUUGCUCCAGUUGUGCCAGCGAACUAUGGCCCUUCCAGUAGGACGAGGGAUGUUUACCUUGUUUUCAUACCAUCCUGUUCCAACGGAACCAUUGCCUAUUCCUAAGUUGAAUUUGACAGGGCGUGCCCCUCCUCGGAACACAACAGUAGACCUUAACAGUGGGAACAUUGAUGUGCCUCCCAACAUGACAAGCUGGGCCAGUUUUCAUAAUGGUGUGGCUGCUGGACUGAAGAUAGCCCCGGCCUCCCAGAUCGACUCCGCGUGGAUUGUUUACAAUAAGCCCAAGCAUGCUGAGUUAGCCAAUGAGUAUGCUGGCUUCCUCAUGGCCCUGGGACUGAAUGGGCACCUCACCAAGCUGGCCACUCUCAAUAUCCACGACUAUCUGACGAAGGGUCAUGAAAUGACAAGCAUUGGACUAUUACUUGGUGUUUCUGCUGCUAAGCUGGGCACUAUGGAUAUGUCCAUUACCCGGCUGCUUAGCAUCCACAUUCCUGCUCUCUUACCCCCGACGUCCACAGAGCUUGACGUUCCUCACAAUGUCCAGGUGGCUGCGGUGGUCGGCAUCGGCCUUGUAUAUCAAGGGACAGCUCAUAGGCAUACUGCAGAAGUCCUGCUGGCUGAAAUAGGAAGGCCCCCUGGUCCUGAGAUGGAAUACUGCACCGACAGAGAGUCCUACUCUUUAGCUGCUGGCUUGGCCCUAGGCAUGGUCUGCUUGGGGCACGGCAGUAACUUGAUAGGUAUGUCUGACCUCAAUGUGCCUGAGCAGCUUUAUCAGUACAUGGUUGGAGGUCAUAGGCGCUUUCAAGCAGGAAUGCACAGGGAGAAACAUAAAUCUCCAAGUUAUCAAAUCAAAGAAGGAGAUACCAUAAAUGUGGAUGUAACUUGUCCCGGUGCCACUCUUGCUUUGGCUAUGAUCUACUUAAAAACCAAUAACAGGUCCAUUGCCGACUGGCUUCGAGCUCCCGACACUAUGUAUUUGCUGGACUUUGUGAAACCAGAGUUCCUCUUGCUUCGGACACUUGCUCGAUGCCUGAUUUUGUGGGAUGAUAUUUUACCAAAUUCCAAGUGGGUUGAUAGCAAUGUUCCUCAGAUUAUAAGAGAAAAUAGUAUCUCUCUCAGUGAAAUUGAAUUGCCUUGCUCAGAGGAUUUGAAUUUGGAAACUUUGUCGCAGGCACAUGUCUACAUAAUUGCAGGAGCCUGUUUGUCCCUGGGUUUUCGAUUUGCUGGCUCAGAAAACUUAUCAGCAUUUAACUGUUUGCAUAAAUUUGCAAAAGAUUUUAUGACUUAUUUGUCUGCACCUAAUGCUUCUGUGACAGGUCCUUACAACCUGGAAACAUGCCUGAGUGUGGUGCUGCUGUCUCUGGCCAUGGUUAUGGCUGGCUCGGGGAACCUAAAGGUUUUGCAGCUUUGUCGUUUCUUGCACAUGAAAACAGGUGGUGAAAUGAACUAUGGUUUCCACUUAGCCCAUCACAUGGCCCUUGGAAUUCUAUUUCUGGGAGGAGGAAGGUACUCGCUGAGCACCUCAAACUCCUCCAUUGCUGCUCUCCUCUGUGCCCUUUACCCACACUUCCCAGCUCACAGCACUGACAAUCGGUAUCACCUCCAGGCUCUGCGGCACCUGUACGUGCUGGCUGCAGAACCACGGCUGCUGGUGCCUGUGGAUGUGGACACAAACACCCCCUGCUAUGCCCUCUUAGAAGUUACCUAUAAGGGCACUCAGUGGUAUGAGCAAACCAAAGAAGAACUGAUGGCUCCUACCCUUCUUCCUGAACUCCAUCUUUUAAAGCAGAUUAAAGUUAAAGGUCCACGAUACUGGGAACUGCUCAUAGAUUUAAGCAAGGGAACGCAGCACUUAAAGUCGAUCCUUUCCAAGGAUGGGGUUUUAUAUGUGAAGCUUAGAGCAGGACAGCUCUCCUACAAGGACGAUCCAAUGGGAUGGCAGAGUCUGUUGGCCCAGACGGUUGCUAACAGGAACUCGGAAGCUCGGGCUUUCAAGCCUGAAACAAUUUCAGCAUUCACUUCUGAUCCAGCACUUCUGUCAUUUGCUGAGUAUUUUUGCAAACCCACUGUGAACAUGGGUCAGCAGGAACUUCUGGAUCUGUUUUCUUCAGUGCUCUACGAGUGUGUUACUCAGGAGACCCCGGAGAUGCUGCCUGCAUACAUAGCAAUGGAUCAGGCUGUAAGAAGACUGGGAAGAAGAGAAAUGUCUGAGACAUCUGAACUUUGGCAAAUAAAGUUGGUGUUGGAGUUUUUCAGCUCCAGAAGCCAUCAGGAGCGGCUGCAGACCCACCCAAAGCGAGGGCUCUUCAUGAACUCUGAGUUCCUGCCCGUUGUGAAAUGUUCUAUUGAUAACACCCUGGACCAGUGGCUACAAGCUGGGGGUGAUGUGUGCCUGCAUGCCUAUCUCAGUGGGCAGCCCUGGGAAGAGUCUCAGCUGAGUAUGCUGGCCUGUUUCCUUGUCUACCACUCGGUACCAGCUCCGCGGCACCUGCCAUCAGUAGGACUGGAAGGGAGCACAAGCUUUGCGGAACUACUCUUCAAAUGCAAGCAGCUGAAAAUGCCUGUUCGAGCUUUGCUAAGAUUGGCUCCUUUGCUUCUUGGAAACCCACAGCCAAUGGUUAUGUGAUUGCCUCUGGUGGAAAAACUGUCCUGCAAUGUGACUUCUGCACAAAAACAUGACCAAACAACACAGCUAAAGAAACAUUUGUAAGUGUUAUAAUAUAAUCAGGGGAAAUGAGCUGCACAAACCUCAAUGUAUUUUAAAACCUUAGUGUUUUAAAUAUUCUAGACUGUUGCUGUCAGCAUUAACACAUGAUCUAUAAAAGUGAGUUAGAAUUUACUUUUUUAAAUAAAGUUUUUUGGUUUGUUUUCA